UCAGAGCUCCACUAGAUUGGAGGAGACUCUUGUUUGAUUAUCCACACGAACACAAGGAAAGGAAAGAAGAAAAUGGCAGAAGUUGCUCCAGCCCCUGCUGCCACUCCGGCCAAAGCAGCCAAGAAGAAGAGCACCAAGCCCAAGAAGGCUGGCCCCAGCGUCGGUGAGCUGAUUGUGAAAACUGUGGCAGCUUCUAAAGAACGCAGCGGUGUGUCUGCUGCUGCCCUCAAGAAGGCUCUGGCUGCUGGAGGAUACGAUGUGGACAAAAACAAAGCCCGCGUCAAGACUGCUAUCAAGAGCCUGGUUGCUAAAGGCACCCUGGUCCAGACUAAGGGAAUCGGUGCCUCCGGAUCGUUUAAGAUGAGCAAAAAGGUGGAGACUACAGCCAAGAAGCCUGCAAAGAAAGCAGUUGCUCCCAAAGCCAAGAAGCCCGCAGCCAAGAAACCUGCAGCGGCCAAGAAGCCGAAGAAGGCUACAGCCGCCAAAAAGCCUGCUGCUGCUAAGAAGUCCCCCAAGAAGGUUAAGAAGCCUGCAGUGGCUAAGAAGCCAGCCAAAAGCCCCAAGAAGGCCACCAAGAGCCCCAAGAAGGUGGUGAAAAAGGCCCCCGCAGCCAAGAAGGCUCCAGCUAAGAAGGCAGCCAAACCCAAAGCCAAGAAGGCAGCUCCCAAGAAGAAGUGAACUUCUCACUAAAUAUCACAGCUACACAAAGGCUCUUUUAAGAGCCACCACAUCAUCCAAAGAGCUUAUUUUACUUGAAAAGAAACAUUUUAAUGUAUUUCUACUUAUUAAUCAGAUCAUAGCGUAAAUAUAAAUGAUUUAAUUCUGAUUAAACCCAUAUUUUAUAUAUUUAAUCCAAUGUCAACAACUUGUCUGCCAUAACUACUUAAAACACCAUAUUGGUUUUUGUGGACAUGCUGAUAGCUAUUGCUUACAUAAAAUGUUCAGCUCAAUUUAUUGAUAAUUUACACAUUUAUUACCCUCUGUUACAAGAAACAAACUAGAAGAUAUUAAACUUGAGCACAAAGAAUUAUUACUCGAUAGUAUUUAAUAUUAAAACACUAUGGGAAAAAAUUAAUAGAUCAUAUUACAUUUCCUAAUUAUAACAAAUUCAUUCUGAAGAAAAGUUAAAACAUUAAACCGUACAUGUGAUCAAGUGAAGCCCUUAACUUUUAAAGUGAUAUGUCUGUAUUACAUACAAAAACCAUGGGUUAAUUUAAAACGUCAGCUAUAUGGUAAUUAAAUAACAUCCUGAAUCCAUUGUACUGUUCAACAGAUACAAUGUACAGUAAGCCAUUAAGACGUUACACACAUGUUGGAACAAACAUCGCAGAGUGAUGCAGACUGGGAAGCACUCUGACAUCCAUUAACUGCAGAUUAUACAAGUUGUAUUAAGAAAAUUAAACAUGGCUUUACCCUGU